AAAAUAAGUGCUGGUUGGUUAGUAUAAAAAAUUCAGACAUCAUCAAACUGAAAACCCUUCCCCGCAUUUGCGCAAUCAACAAUUUUGUUGGCUUGUCAACCCUAGAAAUUUUCCCAAUCUUUCUGCUUUGGGUUUCUGCAAGUUUCUUUGUUAAAACCCCUAGCUUGAUUACCAGCUACGAGUUUGUAACAAUUCUGUUGCUUCCUGGCUUUCCUGCAUCUGUUUCUAUACACAUAUCGGGUGUUUAUCUUCUUCUGGGGGGAGAAGAAGAAAUUGUGAAUGAACAGAAUGCAGCAGGGAAAGAAAGGAGAAGUGAUCGUUGGUGGUCAUCAAUUGGAGUUGAGAACUGUAGUUGAUGAUAGGAGGAGCUAUGGAGAUGGGGUUGCAUGGCGGAGAGGAGCAAUGUUAGGGAAAGGAAGCUCUGGGUGUGUUUUCAUGGCGACCCUGAAGAAGCCCAGAUCGAAGUAUAGCUACUAUCCAUCAGUGAUGGCUGUCAAAUCCGCAGAGGUUUCUGAUUCGGGCUCAAUCCAGAAGGAGCGGGAGGUACUUGACAAAAUCAAGGGAAACCCUUAUGUAAUCAGAAGCUUCGGGGAGGAGACCACAACAGGAGAGAAUGGUGAUAUGGUUUACAACUUGCUGUUAGAGUAUGGCUCUGGCGGAACCCUAGCAGAGAGGAUCAAGAGAUCAGGGGAGAAAGGAUUGCCUGAAUUGGAGGUCAGGUUUCAUACUAGGUCUUUGCUUAGAGGAUUGAAUCAUAUUCAUAUGAUCGGCUAUGUCCAUUGUGAUCUCAAGCCUGAUAACAUAUUAUUGCUUCCUAGUUCGACCGUGGGAAGUGGUGUCGAAUUUAGGGCAAAAAUUGGGGAUUUUGGACUUGCAAAGCGUGCAAAGCAGAGCAAAAAGAGGCGAUUGGAGCCUUAUUGGAGGGGCACCCCUAUCUAUCUGUCACCCGAGGUGGUUAAGGACGGUGUCCAAGAAGAGCCUUCUGAUAUAUGGGCUCUCGGGUGCAUCGUGCUUCAUAUGUUAACCGGUGAGCCACCCUGGGCUGAGGAUCGACAGCUAGAAGCCAAGGAGGUUCUUACUAAGAUUAAGGAAGGGAAAACACCUAAGAUUCCCAAAGAGAUACCGAAGGUGGCAAUGGAUUUUCUGAAAGGCUGUUUCGUAAAGAAUGAUAUGUAUAGACUGACUGCUGAAAUGCUGUUGAACCAUCCGUUUGUAGAAGGGUUGGCUGAUGAUGAUGGUGAUUGGCAGUUCGGAGAAGUGGUUGAAGAUUUAAAUGCUAUUCAUUCUGCUUCAUGGGUAUCUGAUGAUGAGGAUUCGAUAUACUCUUGGUCAGAUGAAGAUGAUGGGAGUUACGAAGGCGAAGUUACUUGGGAAAGCGAAGAAAACCUCGAUGAGACAUCAUUGGAACUUUCGUCUGAGGUUCCAUCUCACACUUCUACAAAAACGUAUCUGGUUGAUUAUACCAUUCGUGCGGGAGUUGUUUAAAGAGCGUUUAACGUCAUGUUGAGGAUAUAUAUAGGGUCAGUUUUCCUUAGUUAUAGAAGAAGAUUUAUUGAUCAUAGAUCAUUUCUAGGUCAUAUUCAAUGUACUUACCACACAAGUGAUAGAAAUUUAAUGAAUAAUAUAUGAAUUAUUUAAGAUUC